CUAUGAAAAACGUCUAAAUUACAAAAAAUUACAAAAAUUUGUAAAAGUACUAAAAAUUGGAAAAUCUCAUAACAAUAACCCAUAAAAAGCAUCAAUAAUCCAAGAAAACUUUGCUAAUUGCAAAGCCAAACGAGCAGGGUUACGAUUUACAAGAAUGUCAGUGUUGCCCCGAGGGUUCGAAUGCUGCCGUGCACCACCCAGAUACGGCUGUGUUCGAGGAGAGUACAGCAUUUACUACAAAAGGCCACGUUGUGGACAACCAAGGCCACAGCCUUUUCAAAGAGAGUGCCCAGGCUACUAUUGGGGCUGCCCAAGUAAUGCUCCAAUGGAAAGACCGUGUUGCUACGACUUCCCCUGCAAAGCGCACUGCUUCAACCACGGCGCAUGCACGAGGCCAAGCGGACGGUACGCGCGCACUGUCUGGUACCCUGGCGAGUGCUGCCCAUGUGUGCCACCCUGCCAAGCAUUCACUUGCCCCAACCCACCGUACCAUCCCUGCUGCUACCACACUUGCAAUAAACACGUCUGAUCUGGUACAAUGUACAGAAUUAGCUUUGAAGGGUUUUAAAACAAAGAUGGGAAACUGAUUCUCAAGAUAACAUAUUUCAAAUAGUCACAAAUCUUGAAAACGCUGCGAAAUUGACGUCGUAGUUUUAAAACCUAAGAGAAGAAUUUGUAGUCCCGUGUGGUUUUCAGAGAAGAUAAUUUUGUCCCUUUGACUCAAAGCUGUCGCGAAGCUUUGAGAACAAGGCACAAUUAUUAUACUUGUUUUCGUGAGUUCGUGGUAGUGCAAACGUGGCGUCAUCAUUAUUUGUGAAUCGUAAACUGUAUUGUCCAA